CUUUUGAUCAAGAAUUUAAAGAACGAAGUGACGAAGAAGAUACCCACGCAAACUUGUGAUAAUAUAUUUUACGCCGGAACUGGUAGUCUUUUGUUGAGAGAUCCUGAAGCUGUCACACUUUUUGAUGUCCAGCAAAAGCGGUAAGUGUUCUACCUUUCUACAUCAUCUUCUCAUCUCUUCAUUCCGUAGUGUCAUUUCGUGCGUUUUUUAUGCAGCUUAUUCAUUCUCGUACCCAGAGCCCUUCUUACGCGCGGUCAACGGAGCGCGACCAGGGGCUCUGGCAAAAUCCAAACCGGAUACCAUAAAAACUGGGUACCAUGAAAACACGAGCAUUACAUUCAUGUUUCGCUCGCUACUCUGGUUUAAAUAAAUAAUUACAAAGCCCAGUCGAAUAAUUGAAUAAUUGAAUAUGUUCGAAUAAUUGAACAUGCCCAGUGUUUAACCGGAUACCAUGUUUUUAUGGUAUACGGUUUGGAUUUUGCCAGAGCGCCUCGUCGCGCUCCGUUGACCGCGCGUAAGAAGGGCUCUGGCUACGAGAAUGGCAACUUAUUCUGCUUUGAUGCAAUGCGCGCAGUGUAAUAUUUACGGAUUUUGUCAAAUUUGCAAUUAGCAACGGUCACAUAUAUAUAUUUUUAUUCUGCCUUCGUUUCAAUGUUUCCAAGCCAAAUUGCGUUUGAAUUUAUGAACUUCCGAUCUAUGUUUGUCUUGAACAUUUUGUUGAAAAUGCUUACCUUUGUAACCUUCUAAACGAAUGUUGGAUAAAAUAGCCGUGACCGUUGCUUAUUGCGAAACAUUUAAUUUGUUGGGCGGAGUUGCACCAUAGCAUAUAUCAUACCACACCAUACGAUACCAUACCAUACCAUACAACACCACACCAUAUCAUACCACAUAUACCAUACCACAUCAUUUACCAUAUACCAUAUCUGUAUCAUACCAUAUCACACCAUACCCUACCACAUAUCACACCAUACCACAUAUACCAUACCACAUCAUAUAUCAUCAUACCAUAUCAUAUACCAUACCAUACCACAUCAUAUACCAUAUACCAUAGUAACCAUACCAUACCACAUAUCACACCAUACCAUACCACAUACCAUACCAUACCAUACCACAUCAUAUCAUAUACCAUACCACACCACAUCAUACCAUACCACAUCAUAUCAUACCAUACGAUUCCACAUCAUACCAUACCAUACUACAUAUCAUAUCAUAUACCAUACCAUAUCAUAUACCAUACCACAUCAUAUCAUACCAUACCAUACCAUACCACAUAUCAUACCAUACCAUACCAUACCAUAUCAUAUCAUACCAUACCAUACCACAUCAUCAUACCAUUAUCAUAUACCAUACCACAUCAUCAUAUACCAUACCGCAUCAUACCAUACCAUACCACAUCAUAUCACACCAUAUCAUAUACCAUACCACAUAUCACACCACAUACCACAUACCAUACCAUACCACAUCAUAUCGUACCAUACCAUACCAUACCACAUCAUAUCACACCAUAUCAUAUACCAUACCACAUAUCACACCACAUACCAUACCAUACCACAUCAUAUCAUACCAUACCAUACCAUACCACAUCAUAUCAUACCACAUCAUAUCAUACCAUAUAUCAUAUCACAGAUAUAGAAAACUAGUUUCAUAUUUAUUCUGACACUACAGAAAACAACGAAAAAUAUACAACUACUUUUUCAUAUCUGUGAGAAUGGUUGUGAAAUGGAAUUGAAUGUUAGUCAGUUAAAAGCUUUAUUGUUGAAAAGUUAAUUAUCAUAAUUCAUCAUUUUAUUCAGUACCAUGGGCGUUGCUAAAGUUUCUAAAGUGAAAUAUGUUGUUUGGUCUUCAGACAUGUCACAUGUUGCUCUAUUAAGCAAACAUAGUAAGUAAUGCUUUGACGCAACAGUCAUUGUUGAUAGCUUCGGUUAUAGUCAGUUGACAGAGGAUUUUAUUCUUAAUUUUAUUUGCAAACUGUAUCAAUAGUAUCGUUUUCAGAGACUCUUUCGUGCUCUGAGAAUGUCAAGUGUUUGCUAAAUCAAAGUCCAAUAUUAGUCACCAUUCUGACUAUUUGACAUGUCAUGGAUGGUCUUACUAUCUGGAACAUUUAACAGUCAAACUGAACUUUAUGUACAUUGAAUAGGUCUGUCAGUUCUAAACUGUUCUUUCUAGAGGUCCAGUAAGGAUCAUCUGUUAUUGAUCCAGUGUUACUACAGGAGGAAACCUAAACUAAACUAACUUUAUUUAUAUACUGGAUAGCUUUAUCAGUUCUAAACUGUUCUUUCUAGAGGUUCAGUAAGAGUCAUCUUUUAUUUAUCCAGUGCUACUACUGGAGGAAACCUAAACUAAACUAACUUUAUUGACACUGGAUAGCUUUAUCAGUUCUAAACUGUUCUUCCUGGAGGUUCAGUAAGGAUCAUCUCUUAUUGAUCCAGUGUUACUACAGGAGGAAACCUAAACUAAACUAACUUUAUUUAUACUGAAUAGCUCUAUCAGUUCUAAACUGUUCUUCCUAGUGGUCCAGUAAGGAUCAUCUCUUAUUGAUCCAGUGUUACUACAGGAGGAAACCUAAACUAAACUUUCUUUAUUUAUUUAUAUUCUGGAUAGCUAUAUCAAUUCUAAACUGUUCUUCCUAGAGGUCCAGUAAGGAUCAUUUCUUAUUGAUCCAGUGCUACUACAGGAGGAAACCUAAACUAAACUAACUUUAUUUAUAUACUGGAUAGCUUUAUCAGUUCUAAAUAAAAUAUUUUUUUAUUAAAGUUGUGUCUAUAUGCAAUCGCAAGCUUGAAUCACUGAGCACGAUCCAUGAGAAUAUCCGUGUGAAGAGUGGCGCCUGGGACGAGAAUGGAGUGUUCAUAUACACGACAUGUAAUCACAUCAAAUAUGCUUUGUUGAAUGGGUAAGUUCGUUAGUGAUAUUUGUCCGGGGGAAAUUUUUUCAAUGUCACAUAUUUGCGAUGAAAAGUGUUCCUUUUGGCGUUCCUCUCAAAAUCCUUUGUUUUAGCUUUGUUUAGGAGAAGUGGCAAGCAUGCAAUCACACUCGUAUAACGUAAUGGAUUAUUCCAGCUAUCAACUAAUUUUUUAUCUGGACAAGAAAGACGAAAUCUGUCAUUAUAGCUCAAAAGAGCAUCCUAAAAUUAGUAACAUUGCAAAGUUUGGUUGCGAAAUGUGGUAAAAUACGGAAAAUAUAGCCCUGUGAAAUUAUCAAAUUUUGAGUCUUUUAUAUUACGCGCGGAAAAAUGCACCACUUUCGGCUCAAAAGUGGUACAUUUUCCCGCGCGUAAUACUAGUAAAAUACUCAAAAUGUGCUAAUUUCACAGGGCUAUAUUUUCCGUAUUUUACAACAUUUUGCCAUCAAAUUUGGCAAUUUUACUAAUUUAAGGAUGUUCUCUUAAGGUUACAGGACACCCUUUUUGGCGUUUUGUGGAAAAUCAAUUUUUCACCAAAUGUUAGCCAGUGCAUGCAAAAUAUGAUAAAAGUUGUAAAAUUGACAAACAAUAAAAUAAUGUAAGAAUUAUUCAGGAGAAUCUUAAGUCGCGUUACCUUUACGCUUUUGAGUUAUGCUCCUGCUGGUUUUAAUAUAUAUUUAUGAAAAUAUCAUUUUUAUAAAAGUAAAAUAGUUGUUCUAAAAAAUUGUGUUGGGAAAUUUUUGUUUAUUUCGUCAUUCCGCUGAUAUGGCGAUUUCUUUGACGACUGCAAUAUAUUUCUGAAUCGUUUGUGUGAAUUGCUCCUUAUUAUUAAAAUAUCCAAAAUUAGAACAAAGCCGAACACAAUUUUGAACCUGACGUAUUUAGCUAUGUCCUGUGAAAAUUUGAGAAAAAUUCGUUAAAACCCGCAGGAGCACAACUCGUUUAAAAAUCAGUAAUUGCCGUAAAAUUCUUCGGGAGAAAAUUGAAUUUGAAUAUUACAUUUUCAAUGUUUUUCUUAUUGUAGCGAAAUGUAUUUUAUUAAAUAACUCUGCGAGUUUUCAACAUUUUUCGUUCAAACUUGGUCAGAUAGUAGAACUAGUCUAAUGCUUUCAUGGAAACCAAUAAAAAAAUUUUAGGCAAAAUUAACCCUCAAAGGUGUUCUGUAACCUUAAGCUAUAAUGAUAGAUUUCAUCCUUCUUGUCUGGAUCAAAAUUUAGUCUAGAGCUGGAAUCCAUUGUCAUCACAAAAUUAUGAUUAUUAAAUUGAACUUAUUAAGCUAAAGUUAGUAAUAUAGCUGCCAGGACCAUAUGAUUCUGUGCAGUGCGUGGCAAUGAUGCCACAACAUACGCAUUUUAUACAAUCUCUUUUGUUUUGUGUAGGAUUCUUUACACUCUUACAGUUCUGCUGAUAAAAAUCUUAAACAAUCAGAAUUGAUAGAUAUAACUGUACAUUAGACAACAGCGUUAAUCGACAUGGUUAAUUGACUAUCUUAGAAAAAGUAUCUAAUGUCUGUCAAAUGCCACAACGUUUGUGGGACUCUUUAUUCAUUCCAUCAAGACAUUAUAUGAGACAUCGCCAUUUUGGCACUUCAAUGAAUAAAAAUGGCAGACUAAAAUUUAUUUCACCUGCCGAAAAAUUUUAGACUGGCAGGCCAUAUUUUUUCUCUAUACCUUGAGCCCUCUCUAGAGCCUUCAGCGGACAGCGAAACCACAUUGGCAUACAUGUCCAAAAUCUCCCAAUAUUUCGUGAAGGUAUAAAUUUUGCAAACUGUAAUAACCUAACUUUCAGAGACUCUUUCGUGCUUUGGGAGUGUCAACAGUUUGCUAAAUCAAGUCCAAUAUUACUCACCAUUCUGACAAUUUGACAUGUCAUGGAUGGUCUUACUAUCUGGAACAUUUCUUGAAAGAAAAAUAUUCUGCCUUGCAAUUUGUUAUAUAUACAUUUGCAUAUUUAAAUUGUUUUAUUUUUUGCAGUGACCACGGAAUUAUUCGCACACUGGAUUUGCCAAUUUAUAUCACAAAGAUUAAGGUAUAUUAG